AUGGCGUCUGUACAGACCCCGUGGACAUCGAUCCUGCUACAGGAGAAACCUGGACUACACGAAUACAACCAUGCUCUGUCGAAUAUUGAAAAGUACUACACUCGCUUGCAUCGAGCUAUGCAAGAUGGAUCCAUCCACGACCAACUAGUUCUCAACCAGGACCAAACACAUUCACGCCUGCUCAGAUCCUUUGAGAUAUUACGAGGCAAACAACUGCCAGCUCCUGUUGCCGAGGAGAUCUUCAAGGCCAUGGUCCUUCCGUUCAUUCACGACAACAUUUUCUCACCAUCACAAAUGAUUCAACUAGUUGGAUCGGCACUGCCUCUCGUCACAAAAAAGCACUCCCAAUUUCUCCAAAACCUCGCCAACACUCUCCUCUCAUCGCAAGACCUGUUCGAUCACCUGGUGGCCAACGAAAAAUACACAGUGGUCUUGAAGGAAUGGCUGUUGUCGAAAAGAAACUAUCUUCCCCUUGCUAUUUCGAGGCAGGUUGGAGACCGGCUGAUCGCCAUGUGUAAUGCCUGCUCUGCUGAUCAUGGAACGAAAGAUACCGUGGAGAGUUGGGAUAUUGCCCAGAAACUGGUGGAAUCUAUCAACUCACUCAUUGACACAUCAUACGAGGAAGAAUUGAAACGGGCAAAAGUGGAGAAUCUACCUCCUUUAGAAUCAAUGAAAGUGCUCAGUCGGGACGACAAAAAAUCGACCUCAGCUCCCCAAUGUUCCAAAAAGGAAUUCAAGGUCUCGGACGAGAUCCUUCAGCAGAUGAGCCACUUCAACAUCCCACCGCCAUUGUCCACUCGAGGCCUCACCCAUGCAGCGGAGCAUCUUCAAAAUGAGAUAAUCCCAGCACUCAUGCGCUCUGCUCUCGAAAGCUUCCCAUGUAGAAUCUGUCUGGAUAAACUUACUACCGGGAGUCUCACAGGCACUCUGGCCAGCUCGACAGACCUGCCUUCGGAUCGAACUACAGCACCGGGCAGUGCCCAAGAUAUUUUCGGAAAAAGAGUCGGUCUUUGGAAAGUUUUACUCUCUGAUGUUGCUUUCAAGAAUGCAAAGAAAUUGAUUCACGGGGGCGAUUUCGGCGGCGUGGAACAAAAGCUCAGAGAUUUAGCAAGCGGGGAAUGGAAAGGCAAGGAUCUCUCUCGCCGAGUAGGAUCUAAGCAGCAGAAGAAAAGAAUGCAAGUUCCUAUCUUGGAAGUGAGCGCUUCUGCAACUGUGUCAAUCUUGUGGCAGAUAGAUGUCGGCUUCUAUGAUGAGCUUCCAUGGGUACAACAGCAGGUUGUAAAAGUUUGGCAAAUCGUGACCUCGGAAGAGGAGUUGGAAACUGCCAUUGAGCAAAUACUUCUGAUCCAGGAAUCAUAUACGCCGGAACUUGCUCAGCUCUGUUUGGAACGUCCUGUUCAACAAUCCGAUGGAACUUGGACGCCACAGCGGUUCAGAAACGUGAAGGAGACUGGGUCUUAUCAGAUGAAAUCUAUUGCUUCCUCAAAGGUGACCUCAGCUCUGAUCGAGAUGUCAAACAAAUUUUACAAUCUCACCGAGCCAUUUUUGAAGUCUAUCAUUGAUGAAAAAGAAACAGAGGAGUUUCCCUUCGAUCUCUCGCCUGAAGAAUUGGAGAUUGUGAAGCACUUGAGCACAUCAAGCUUGAUUCUAGGACGAAGUGGUACAGGAAAAACCACCUGUCUGUUGUUUAAGAUGCUUGCCAAGCACAAAGCCAGGCAGUCAUCCUCCGAUGAGCAGCAAGCUCGACAGCUUCUCUUGACUCGAUCCUCCUAUCUAGCUUCAAAGCUUCAAACCUAUGCCAAAAGUCUGAUAGAGGCUCAGUCCAAGGCUUCACUGACUGAAGAGGAUGCAGACUCGGAUUUGAAGCCGACUUCGUUCUUUGCCCUGAAGAAUUGGCAUUUUCCAGUUGUUUGCACUUAUGACGAAUUUCUUGGGCUUCUGGAGAACACAAUCAGAAUGGCUGAUCGAAAAGACUUUCUAAAAGACAUCAAUCCCAACAACACAAAAAGUCUGGAUCCACAUAUGGGAGACAAGCCACAAGUGAUUGACUUCAGCGUUUUCAAAACAGAAUAUUGGGGCUCUCUAAGUGGAUUAGCUCCGCCAUCUUGCUCUCCAGAGCUACUCUUCGCAGAGAUCAUGGGCGUCAUCAAAGGCUCCAGCACCACAGCAAAAAGUCUGAAGCCGUUACACCGUGCAGAAUACGUCAAGAAGAACGCGAAAGCUUCUCCCGCCUUUACCUCUGAGGCAGAGCGUGAGAAGGUGUUUGGAGCUUUUGAGCGCUAUGAAAAGCAAAAGAAGCUUCGCAAAGAGAUUGACGAGUUGGACCGUGUUAGUGGCUUACUGAAGUCCAUGAGAGAUAACAAAGCUCUAGCAGAGCAGAUCCAGCGCUGUUUUGAGGAGAUUUAUGUUGAUGAAAUUCAAGAUUUGCGUUGUCUCGACAUUAUCUUACUUUUGGGCUGCCUCAGUGACGCCCGGGGGAUUCACCUUGCUGGUGAUACCGCCCAAUGCAUCUCAAAAGAUUCAGUUUUCCGGUUCCCUGAAAUUAAGGCUUUGUUCUACGAACAUUACGAAGUCAUUGCCAACAAACUAAAUCAGCCGUCAUUUGCCAAGCCUGUUCAAUUCUCUCUAGCUAAGAACUAUCGUUCCCAUCAGGGAAUCCUAAGUUUUGCAUCAUGGGUGAUGCAGCUACUCUGGAAUGGAUUCCCGGAAACAAUUGAUAAAUUGGACCCAGAGAUUGGCCAGAUCGGCGGACCGAAGCCAAUUAUCUUCGCGGGAUUUGACUCCUCAAUUCUUUCCGCCAAAAUGAUAGGCCUGGUCAAGCUCAACGACAAGGUCGCCGAUUUUGGUGCCGAGCAAGUUAUCCUUGUCCGAGACGAUGUAUCAAAGGACAAAUUGCAAACCCAAAUUGGCGAAAUUGCCCUUGUUUUGACAAUCCUAGAAAGCAAGGGUAUGGAGUUUGAUGAUGUCUUGGUGUAUGAUUUCUUCGGCAGCAGUGGACUUGGCAGUAGCUAUCGGUGCCUUUACAUGCUUGUUCAAACAGCACGAGCACAGUUUGAUUCUCAGAAACAUGCGGCUUUGUGCUCCGAACUCAAGUCACUCUAUGUUGCUGUUACUCGAGCCAGGAAGCAACUUUGGUUUAUGGAAACCCAAGAGAACAGCGUUGAUCCCAUUAUUCAAACCCUUUCAGAGAGCAACGACCUCGAGCUUGCUGAAGUUGUGAAGCAGAAAGACCCUAACGUUGCGGCAAAGGUCAUGGUUCUGCGGGCUGGUGGCUCAGUGGACCCAGAGAGAUGGCUCAAGAGAGCAGCACAUCUUCUACAUCGGAAAAGCUUCGCAGAGGCCUUGUUUUGCUACAAGAAGGCCAAUGAUCCUCGAGGAAUGACACACUCGCAGGCGUGUUUGCAUGAGCAAGAAGGAAGAUCUCACCGAGCAGCUGGAGAUACUGAAGCAUUCAGGACGUGCUAUGAGAACGCCAUCGUUCCUUUCCUCGAGAUUGGCCUCAUUACCGAAGCGGCGGCGUGCUACGAGGGGCUUGGGCAGUUUGGCAAAGUUGCAGAAAUCUGGAAGGAUCGUGAACAAUAUCAGAAGGCUGCAUACUUCUAUGAGAAAGGAAAUCUUUUCACUGAAGCUUCAGAGUGCCAUCAUUCUUGUGGUCAAUAUGAGGCAGCAAUUGAGGUCUUGCGCCGCGGAGAUCAGUUCGAUGAACUCGUCACUUAUGCCAACAGAAACCGCGAGUAUCUCAGCGAGCCCACUUUGCUUCGUUACUCAAGACUCUGCAAUAUUCUGCUGAAGCAGGGACGUGUCUCUGCCAGUCUGCGGGCGAUAACCAUCAACAUGCUUGGAUCGGAUGCGUCCAAAAUUGCUUUUUUCAAAGAGUUCGAAAUGUGGGACCAGCUGCGCGCACUUUAUUCAUCAAAGUCGAGAUGGUUUGAGUAUUACGAUCUAUCAGUAGCUGUUGGUGACUUACCCGCGGCGAUAAGCAUAUUGCUGGUUUACAAAUUGAUGCCGGUGAUCGACAAGCCAAUUGUUGAAAAGCUGUUCCAUUAUUCCAUGGUUGAAGUCUUGUAUGCCCAGAGAGACUUGAUUCCUGGUAAAUCUGAGCGUGAUGGGCUGCUGAAAUCAGUCAAAUCAACACAUCUCGAAAAGCUCGGGGCUCAGUGGAAAACGCUAUUGUUUUUGAUGAACGAUUUCGAAGAUAUGGAUUUACCCGCUUCAGUUAAACACCUGGAGAAAGGUCUUUUGAAGGAUAUCUUCUGUCUUUUUGUGAUCGCUUUCGAGCCGUCAGUGUUCACAAAGCAUAAGGUUGAACACCUUCCAAUGGAUAUUGUCAUCCGAGUUGGAAAGCUGCUGCAGGACUUUUAUGCCCGGAACCAUUACGCUCUUACUUGCCUAGCCAUGACUUGCGGCAUUUUCACCAACCCAAAACAAGAGAACCAGACAAUCUUGCUUCACUGGUCUCCAUUGAAGACUUACACAGAAACACCUCUUGAUGAAUCUUCAUUCGAGAGCUUGCUUGACAUUGCAAAAGACUUCAUUCAAGAGAGGUUUGCUAUCGCACUUACUCAGUUCCAUGAAAGUGCAUAUAAUCUCAUGAAGACUGAUUUCCCCCCGACAUGUUUCCAACAGCUUUACAAAGGGUUUUGUUCAAAGCUUAAAUCUAACGAAUGCUUCUGGGGUCAUGAGAAGCCUACUGCAGAAUUCGCUAUUGCCAAGUUGAAUUGUCUUCUCACAGUUGCUGAGGUUUUCGCGCGCCUCACGCCUAUUUAUUAUCAACAACUUAUCGGCGAGGCUUUCAGCAAACCAUUUCUGGGCCGUAGGAGAACUUGGAUGCAACAUAUCCAAGAGGAGCUGGUGAUUGUCACCUCACUGGAACAGUCCUCUAGUGCAAUUGCAAAUUUACGUUCUAACUUGCAAAGCAAUCCAGAGUUUGCUGCAACCGCAUACUGUCUUGAAGAAUUGUUCUUCUAUCGCAUGGACAAGGAAUGGGGCUCAAUGAGCAGUUUGAGCUCUGCUUUAGAAAAGGUUCAAGAAGCCCAAAUUCUCGGCCCUCAACCAGCCACGCGUUUCCAGCGAGCACUUGUUCUCAAUAUGGAUCGGAGCAUGCCACCACGCCCUAGGCGAGCCAGCCACCCACUUGCGUUGCCUUUGACAACAUUGAAUGCUGCUGAAAGGAUUCGGUCAGCGGUUGGAAGACGCCAUGGUCAAGAUUUCCAUAACGGCGUUAGCGCCUUUGUCCAAUGUCUUGAGAAAACACCGAAAUCUUCCCUUGGGUCGCUCCAUGCUGUUCUUUCUGUGCUUGAGUUUGCAGCUACGUACAUUCUUUGUAUCGCCAAUCCAGGCAAGGGCAUCGUGGUUCCCUGGUCCUGGGCCUUGCAGCAUCUUUCGACAAUUAUGCAAUCUCCUGCAAAAGACCAUAUGUUCAAGGAUAGAGAGAUCCGAGUGCACACGACCGACUUGAUGCAUAUUGUCACCAGCUUCUGUAAUCUCAUGGAACAGGUUGAAAAUGCCCUCAGUAACGGCAUUCUCAGGUUUCAGGGAAUGGGACGCAAUAGCCUUCCAAUUCCUAUUAUCAAACGGCGCUGCACUGAGCUUCUGACAACCGUGAAUCUCAACCUGAACCACUGGCCCAGGCAGCCAGUUGGCUUUAGAGAGAUGGAGAAGAUAGUCAACAAGACACUUCGAAUUCUUAUUCCGCCGGGAAUGGCACUGGAAUUUUCCAACAGCGAUAGGUUCCGGCAAAGUUGCAUCCGCGAGUAUGCAGCCUACAACCACAAAGACGAGCUGUGCGUCAUUGCGCUUGAUGAUAGAAAGUCCGCUCCUCUCUUCCUGCGAUCCUUCACGCAAGGCAAUGCAAAAUUUGCCCAGUUAAGUGAUAUCUUGCAAGUUUCGCGAAUUGCCGAGAACCCCCUAUCUAUGGGUCUAGAGGAAGACUGGCAGGUCGACGAGUACACUGGAUACGAGCUCGACAUGAUCAUAAACCUUCAGCGGCGUUGGCGAGAGGUUAUGAGCAUCCUUAAGAAGAACCGCCGCAGGGCACAAACGCGCGAGGGCAAACUUCUCCAGCACUUCCAUGACAUGUGCACGAUACGGAUGAGCGUUCUACCCGCGGCUGCUUGGUCAACUCGUGACAAGAUACACAUGCGCAAGGUGGUAUUUACCGAUGGCAUGAAGAUCGCCAUGUAUCUUGAGGGUGUGUUGGAGAGCUUCAGACAACUGAAAGACCGGUGGAGGCAACAAUUCAACAGCAAUUGGUCCACCGCGAAGUUAGAAGAGCUCUCUGUCAUUCGCGGACGCAUUCUGCCGAUUGACGGGCAGCUUGAGUACAUUGUUGAAAACUGGUCUCCUAAGGGCAUUGAGGAGGGUAUGAUGACCAUUCCGGCCGAGGACCUUGGUAUCUCAGCCCGUGAGGCCCAGCGUGCCCUUUGGGCUGUUCAACGCGAAAUUGAAAUCAUUCAAUCUCAGGUUGAGAUCAUUGCGAAGAGUGCUGACCGGUAA